GAUCGAGUUCGUAAAGGAGAUUUUGGUGAUCCAAGAAUCUUUUCAUCCGUAUUCACACAAGAUUUAAAACCUGAAAAUCAUCGUGCUAAAAAUGGCUUUGAUAGUGGUCCAAUUCCAGACAUAGGUACCUAUCCAAUCAAUGCAGUUCGAAAUAUAUUUGGUUUAGAACCAAUUGAAGUUACUGCUAUUGGAUUCAAAACUCCAGGUCGUGAAUUUCUUAAAAUGGAACACGAUACAAUCAGUGUUACACUUCGAUUUCCUGGUGAUCGUGUUGCUCAAUUCACUGUUAGUUAUGCUGCUGCUGGCACUGAUUGCUAUAAAAUUGUUGGUACUAAAGGCGAUAUUGAAGUCAAUCCUGCUUAUACAUGGGGUAGUGGUGUAAAAAUUGCUUAUAAAACAAAAAUCGAUGGUAAAGAAGAUUCAAAAACCUUUCCAGAAACAGAUCAGUUUGGUGGUGAAGCAGAAUAUUUUUCUGAAUGUAUUCUAAAUAAUACUGAUCCUGAAGCUGAUGGUGAAGAAGGUUUACUUGAUGUACAUGUAAUUCUUGCUAUUAAAGAAUCACUUAAAGCAAAUGGAAAAACAGUUAAAUUGGAAGCACGUCAUCGUAACAAACGACCAGUAUUAGAUCAAGCAAAAAAAUUAUCAUUGGCCAAAGAACCAAAACAUUUUAUCGGUCGAGAUUCACAAAAACCAUCAACAGACUAA